CUUCAUAAGAACAGAUCUGCAAGCGGAUUGCAGAUCUACCUGUGUGAGAACCAGGCCCUUUGAUUUUGGACGCGUCGAACGAAACUUUUGACCUAGAGGAAGGAUUCGUUCCUUCGAGAUCUGUUUGUCUGUUUUGUUGGUUUCGUUGGAGAGAGAAUGAUCAAGUCCAUGGUUUAUUACGGGAACACCUCCAUCGGGGAGGUGGAGGUGUGGCCCAAGGGCGACACGAACCUGGGCGCGGCGGCGUGGGCGCGAGAGAUCCGCGUGGACCGCCUUUCCCCGCCCAGCGAGCGCUGCCUGCCGCUCGCCGUCAUGCACACCGUGGCGGUCGGGGCUCGCUGCCUCGUCAUGGAGUCCAGGCCGCCCAAGGCCGCCGACGAGCCACCACCGCCACUCGUCGCCAUGCACGCUGCUUGCCUCAGGGACAAUAAGACUGCAGUUGUUCCGUUAGGAGAGGAAGAAUUGCAUUUAGUGGCAAUGACAUCAGGGAGAAACUUGACAAACCAUGCAUGUUUCUGGGGCUAUAAAGUGCCAUUUGGUCUGUAUAAUUCUUGCUUGACCAUGUUAAAUCUCCGCUGCCUCGGUAUUGUGUUUGACCUUGAUGAGACAUUGAUUGUUGCCAAUACCACACGCACUUUUGAGGACAGAAUUGAUUCACUUCAAAGAAAGCUGAGUAAUGAGACUGAUCCACAACGCAUGAAUGGUAUGUUAGCAGAGAUCAAGAGGUACCAAGAUGAUAGAUCUAUCCUAAAGCAGUAUAUAGAAGGUGAUCAGGUCUAUGAUGAUGGAAAAAUGUAUAAAGUGCAACCUGAGGUUGUUCCACCAUUGUCUGAUAACCAUCAAUCAUUGACACGCCCAGUUAUAAGAUUACAAGAGAAAAACAUUAUCUUGACCAGAAUAAAUCCUUUGAUAAGGGAUACAAGUGUUCUUGUCCGGUUAAGACCAGCAUGGGAGGAUCUCCGAAGCUACUUGAUUGCAAGAGGCCGCAAGCGGUUUGAGGUCUAUGUGUGUACAAUGGCGGAGAGAGACUAUGCUUUAGAAAUGUGGAGAUUGCUUGAUCCAGACUCAAGAUUGAUUAACUCUGUUCAACUUAGUGACAGAAUGGUGUGUGUAAAAUCUGGCUUAAAAAAGUCCUUGCUAAAUGUUUUCCAUGAUAGAUCUUGCCAUCCUGGAAUGGCAUUAGUAAUUGAUGAUCGUCUGAAAGUUUGGGAUGAGAAAGACCAAUCUAGAGUUCAUGUGGUUCCUGCUUUCACCCCAUACUAUGCACCUCAAGCCGAGGCAAACUGUUCCAUCCCAGUUCUAUGUGUUGCCAGAAAUGUGGCGUGCAAUGUUAGGGGCGGCUUCUUCAAGGACUUUGAUGAAGGCCUCUUGCCAAGGAUUACGAGUGUUCUUUAUGAGGAUGAAAUACAGGAUAUCUCAUCAGCCCCAGAUGUGGGCAAUUAUUUGAUUUCAGAGGAUGAGAAUGUUGCAGUAGUGAAUGGGAACAGAGAUUCACUGGCUUUUGAUGGCAUGGCUGAUGCUGAGGGUGAGAGGAGAAUGAAGGAAGCAUCUGGCAGCGGCAGUGUUUUGAAUCCAACAAUGGCUAACAUGGUGAUGCCAGUAGCCCCUAGUCAAAGUUUUGUUCCAUCUUCAGUAGCGCCAUUUGCACCACCUCUUGGCAUGAUGCCUUUGAGUAACAAUCAAGUUCCGCCACCUGCAUUCAGCCAACCAGUCGUUCAACCAGUUGUCUUAGAUCCACUGCAAGCUUCUCCAGGUAGAGAAGAGGGCGAGGUUCCAGAGUCUGAGUUAGACCCUGACACAAGGAGAAGGCUUCUCAUAUUACAACAUGGCCAAGACACAAGAGAUCCUACACCACCUCUUCCAGCAGUACCUCCUGCACAAGUUUCAGUUCCUCCGGUGCAAUCUCAUGGGAAUUGGUUCCCUGUCGAGGAUGGCAUUGGCAUGAACUCAAAUAAUUUGAACAGGGGUUCAGCAGGGUUCCCUUCAGAAUCAGAUACCAUGCAUUAUGAUAAAAAACAACCACCACAGCCAUCUUACUUCCAUGGUGGCGAUAAUAAUCCAGUGUCCUCCGAUAGAUUUAGUUAUCAGAGCCAGAGGUUUCCCUCUCAGGUAACACAUACUGAGGACCACCGCAUGCUUCAGAACCAUGCACCUCCAAGAUACAGAUCCUUUCCUGGUCAGAGAGACAACUUGAUUGAGUCUGGACAAAGCUAUGCACGAAAUGUAGGUACCUCUGUUGGCAUACUAGAGGAGAUCGCACUGAAGUCUGGAUCUAAGGUGGAGUACAGGUCAAAAUUAUGUGAUACCGCAGAACUACAGUUCUCUAUUGAGGUUUGGAUAGUGGGAGAAAAAGUGGGUGAAGGCAUUGGUAGCUCAAGGAAAGAAGCACAGCGUCAAGCUGCAGAAAUAUCUUUAAGAAAUUUGGCCAAUAAAUACCUGUUGUCUGAUCCAAAUAAGAUGACUGAUGUGAACGAAGAUGGUUUCGGUAGCAAUCCAAACUUUUUUGGAUACUCUGAAAAUACCAGGAACGAUAUAUUGCCAGUCGCAAGCACUUCAGAGGAAUCCCGAUUCACAAAAACAGGGGAGAACAAUUCCAGAAUAACAGGAGGCUCUAUUGCUGCUCUGAAGCAACUUUGCACAGUUGAGGGAUAUAACUUAGUUUUUCAAGCUCGGCCAAGUCCUCUAGAUGGUUCAGGUGGCAAGGAGACUUACGCUCAGGUAGAAGUUGGUGGGCAAACUCUUGGCAAAGGAGUUGGAAUAACAUGGGAAGAAGCUAAGCUUCAGGCUGCUGAUGAGGCUCUUGGAACUUUGAGAUCCAUGCUUGGUCAACUUGCUCAGAAACGGUCUAGUUCUCCAAGGUCUUUGGCGCCCAAUUAUAAUAAGCGCUUCAAGCCAGAUUUCCCCCGGGCAGUGCAAAGGCCUCCUUAUGGUAGAUAUUCCAGGAUUGAAGGCCAUGUUCCUUGAGCAGAGUUUCAGAGAAAUCAAGUGGUGUUUUCAAGAAAGGUGUGUAUUGCCAUGGUACAUAUUGCAGGAAAGGCCAUUUUGGUUGAGCGGAGUGACAAAAUGGAUGUGUCUGGACAUUGGGGUUUUAGUCACCUAUCAACUUGCAAAGUGAAUUCUUCCAUCUGGUGGACUGCCAAGGCUUUCCUGGCUACUGGAGACAAGAUGGUUUUCGAAGCGCAGAGAAUUUGGAAGGCGAUUAGCUGGUAAGUCAUGCAGACCGUCGUGCCCUCAGAUGGUAUUAGUGUGGUCCUACCCCAAUUGGUACGCCACACUGUUGUUGGGAUUCCGAGCCGCCACACUCUCAGUUUGGAUUUGCCAUGGAAUCCGGAGGAUCGAUGAGCACUGCUGGCUUUAUUUGCCAUGGUGCCGAGGCUCAGGUUAAUGUUGUACGACGUUGUACAUGGGGGUUGAAGUUGUAGAGCUAUUUUUUUAUCAGCAGCUGUAGUAUUAGAUAGAUUUUAUGUUGUGGCACGACGCCAGUAGCUGUUCAGUUAUCAGUAGGUUAGCCAUGUAGCUAAUUAUUCCUCUGUUUAGUCAUCCUAGUCUAGUCAUCUUAGUAUGUUGUUUAUUUGAUUUGAAAGAUUUCGCUCCAGAAACCAUGAAAAUUUUCAUGGGCAAUGUCUUUAGGUGGUUUUUUUUUCUGAACGGACGAAGUGGGAUGGAAAUAAAACCAAAGUUCCACAAGCA